CAAAAUUAAAACCGAAGUAGGAAAAAUGACAAAUAGAACUAAUUGGAGCUCUCUGCGGUAAACCCAAAACGGAAACCCAAAACCCCUCCUCGAGUCACUUCACAUUUAUUCCCUCCGCUCUCUCUCACACAUUGCUCACACACGCUCUUCUAGGGUUUUUGCUCGCUGCGAGAGAAUGGCUUCGUCAACAAAGGGUUUCGCGAAGGGUUGCAGAGUUCUCAUGGCGGCUGCUAAAACUUCCGCAGCCGCUGCUUCCGCCCAGAAGACCGGCGCCGCCGCGACACGUCCUCCGACCGGCAUUCUGAAGCCGUUGCCGGUCUCACCCUCCCUUGGUGCGUUUCUCGGUGUUUCUGAAGCCUCUCGCACUGACGUCAUCAAAAAGGUCUGGCAGCACAUCAAGCUUAACAAUCUCCAGAAUCCUCAAAACAAGAGGGAGAUCUUUUGUGACGAGAAGUUGAAGACGCUGUUCGAUGGUAAAGAUAAAGUAGGGUUUCUGGAGAUUGCAAAACUGUUGAAUCCGCACUUCAUUAAGUCUUAGUCAUGCUCCUCCCGGAGUAACGGGAUUCAAAUGAACUUCUCUUUUUGUUAGUUAUGGUUGUCCAUGUUUGAGGCCGUGGUCAUGAAUUUGGUUCAGAUGAUCUACUAGGAAAAAUGACUUUUAUGGCUUGUCAAAGUGAAUCGUAUGACUUUUGCUCUCUCCAGUUAUGUUUAUAUAGGUCAAAUUGAAUGUUUUGUUUGUCA